AUGAAGGCCGCGUUUUUGAGAUCGGUGCUCAGGAGAGGCGGCGGCGCUUCCGCAUCCCUUAUUCCGCGGCGGAGGUUCUCGUCGGAGGCCGCGCCCGCGCGGAAGGUCGCCAUUUUGGGAGCUGCAGGAGGUAUCGGCCAGCCGCUCUCUCUUCUACUCAAGCUGAAUCCUCUCGUAUCGAGUCUCGCGCUUUACGAUAUCGCCGGCACCCCCGGCGUCGCCGCCGACGUUAGCCAUGUCAAUACCAGAUCCGAGGUGAAAGGGUAUGCAUCAGAAGACUAUCUAGGGAAAGCUCUGGAAGGUUCCGAUCUAGUUAUAAUACCUGCCGGUAUACCUCGAAAGCCAGGCAUGACCCGCGACGAUCUCUUCAAAAUUAAUGCCGGAAUUGUUAAAUCACUUUGCGAGGGCAUUGCCAUGUAUUGUCCCAAUGCUCUUGUAAAUAUAAUUAGCAACCCCGUAAAUUCAACUGUUCCAAUCGCUGCCGAAGUUUUCAACAGCAAAGGAGUAUAUGACGAAAAGAAACUGUUCGGUGUUACCACCCUUGAUGUGGUCAGGGCUAAAACAUUCUAUGCCGGAAAGGCGAAUCUUAAAGUUGCUGAUGUCAAUGUUCCCGUUGUUGGUGGUCAUGCUGGAAUUACGAUUCUUCCGUUGUUUUCGCAAGCCACACCUAAAGCAAAUCUUGGGGAUGAAAAGAUCGAAGCUCUUACAAAAAGAACUCAAGAAGGAGGAACUGAAGUCGUUGAAGCCAAGGCUGGAAAGGGUUCGGCUACGCUCUCAAUGGCCUAUGCUGGCGCGAUAUUCGCUGAUUCUUGCUUGAAGGGACUUAACGGGGUCGAGGAUGUCGUGGAAUGUUCGUUCGUGCAGUCCUCUGUGACCGAGCUACCUUUCUUUGCAUCAAAAGUGAGGCUCGGCAAGAAAGGCGUAGAGGAAGUCCUCGGGUUGGGUCCUCUAUCCGAUUACGAGCAACGACGGCUUGAAGCCCUGAAGCCUGAACUGAAAGCUUCGAUCGAAAAGGGAGUUGCAUUUGUUCGCAACAAUUGAAUACGAUCAGAUCCAUGAUCCAAUGAAUAUUUUCUUUUAGU